CGCUUAAUAACAAAAGAAAAGUCUGAAAUAGGGUAUGAUUUUAAGCAUCGUGUCAUAUGUGGAACACAAAAGAAGGGUGGAGUAAGUUCUAUUUUAUGCUGUUGCGGCUUUAACCGUCUUUUCAGAAAAGGAUGAUGCGUUAUGGAUUAAGUUAAACUGCCUUCAAAUUAUUCGCGGAGCUGAAUCUUAAAUGAUUCGAGGAUAAGGUGGCUAUUCAUGUUUUAUUUAUGGGUUACUGCAGCUGUAACCGAGGAUGGAUUUUACUCUUGCUUAUUCUUCCUGUUUCGGUAACAGAAUGCACUUAUAAAUUCGAAGACUGUAGUAAAGAAGAUGGUAUAGUCCAAGUAUCUGUUUUCAGAGUUUCUCCAGAUCCUAUAGAUAUGAAGAAGAACAUGUCUGUAACUGCAAGAGGAGAAUUAAUCAACCGCGUGCCUCCCGGGGCUAUGCUGGAAACUAAGUAUUAUAGACUUCGUUCGGUCUUUGGUUUACAAAUGGAUUUUCCUAUACCUUGUUUGUUUGGAAAAUAUGGAUCAUGUACGCUGCCAUUUUGUGAUUAUCUAGAACGUUUCAAAACUCAAAUAUGCCCAUUCUUCUCCAAUGAAUUGUACUGUGGAUGUCCUGUGUUGGCUGGCAUAUAUGGCGGCGAAAAUGUGGAAAUCGAAAUGACGGAUUUAACUGCCGUGAGACGAUUCAUUGCAAAGGACAAGUACAGAUCAGAAUUGAGAUUAAAAGAUGGAGAUACGAACAAAGAACUAGCAUGCUUUAAGAUCACAACAGAAUUAAAAUAAAUUACGUUUAAUAUAUGUUAAGGAGGUUAACUCUUCGUAAAGCAUUACGUCAUUCGUUUCCAAGCGUAUGCUACACUACUGGAUGAAAAAUCGUCUCAUGUCUUCAAGUAGCAAGCAAUUCGAAGGACGCAUAAAAUGAAACAAGAAAUAAUAGACAAGGCCAGGGAUCAAAGCCAAAACAUUUCUCACAAGUAAAAAAUAAAUCUACGGAUGAAGAGUUUAGAGAUGAAAACUCCUGGCUUACUACUGUCAAUGCACUUGGGUACAGGUUCGUAAGAUGAAAGAAAAAUGUCUCACAAUUUGGCUGAUGAAGAUGGAAUGUCUUUGAUCUUCUUAAGUUGCUAAUAGUGCCUUAAAUAGCAUGACAAAAGGCAAAAGCUUAUAAUUCAGACACGGUUAAAAAUAAUUAAAUUAACAUGAAUUUUGAUUUGUUUAAAUAACUUUUAACGUGCAAGGUUUUUAAAACGCUUUUUGCAGUUUCCGUUAUUUGGGUUUACAUUCUAAAUUAACAUAUAAAUGUUCUCGUAUGCUAACAUUUAUAAUUUUAAUUUCACUAAUAACUACGAAUUUUAAUUUCUUAGUGUAAGUUAGAACAUAGAAAUUGCUCGACACAUGUGAAUUGUUUUUACGUCUUAUCUAGUUAUUCUCUUGCUGAAUAUUAAGGGAAACUUCUUUUGCCGAAACAAAUACUUUCAGGGGAAAAGGCUUUGAGUCUGCUGGCAUGGUUUCUUUCUUGUAUUAACUAACAUAGAAGAGAAUCAAGUUCGAAACCUCAGUGCAAAUUCUUCUUCCAACAACUGUCGUUAAUUUGGUAGAGAGAUUGUAACUUUCAUAAACACUGGUUACAUUGAUUUACUUAUAAAGAAUUUUUCCCUUCUGUCCGCAAGCCUUCGUGGUAUAACUGGAAGCACAUUCGACGUGUAUUCGAAAGGUCCGGAGUUCGAAUCCCGGCGAGAGCAUGGUACGUUUUUCACGUCUUCAACAUAAAAAAACCUAAUAAAUCUACAUAGAAAGUGUUAGGUGUACUGUAAUUACAGUAUUGUUAUGUGGGUUUUGAAUCUCCAAAAUGAGCAACCGCUUUCGCCGGGAAUCGAACCACGGACCUCUGGAAUACCGGCCCAGCGUGCAGACUACUACACCACGAAGGCACGCUAGGAAAGCGGGAGAAAUAUCUUAUAUGGUUAAAAGGGCGAGCAAUGGCAGCCCUCCCCAUUUUCGAAUCUCUUGCCCUGAAAGCUAGGAGGUAUUCUCAAAUUUUCCCGAGUAAAUACAAUUUCAAGCUCCUUACAGUGACCACCAAGAAGGACGCCUUAUUCUUCUUAGGUAUACAGCAGUAGUAUUCUAUAAUAAUUAAUUACCAGAUCAGACUGGAGUAGAAUAUUACUCACUUUAAGAUGGUUCAUCACAUUUAAAUAAUUUUCAUUUAGAAGGAAACUGUAAAAUUUAAACCUCUAACACCCAACGAUAUAUUGGCAUUUAAUGAAAAUAAUAUAAUUUGUGAAAGUGCUUUAAUUUUGCGUCAAAGCAUAUAAUAUUGUUUCUGAUACUGGAUAUCAGAUUUGAUGCAUUGUGAGUGGAAUGUCUUGAAGAAGUGCCAAAAUUUGUAUUCAGUUUAAUUAAUUUUGAUAAUUUAGAAAAAAUAGCAAAUUGUCAGAUCAUGAUUGUUCCACUGAAUCUGAAUUUACUUUUUGAAAUCUCUGCAAGACGGGAAUCUCAUUGGACUUCACUACUUCUAUAGCAGCCCAUUUUAUAUGAAUUACAAAUCAUUCUAUUACUGAAUAUAGUCUGACUUCGCAAGAAGAUUUAUGCAUAAUAUGAAUUCAUAGAAUAACAUUUUUGUAAUUAUAACCAUUAACGAACUCCUACACUUAAUGUAAAUAUAAUCCAGUGAUUUAAACUCAAUUGUUUUGUAUCCUAGAUGGAUAAUACAACUUUAUUCAAUACUUGUAUGUAAAAGUAUUGUAUUAAACCAGUGCCGGAUUUACUCAUGAAAGCUGAGGCCCCCCCCCACUUUUUUUGGGGCCACUCCCAGAAAUUGCACCAUAUCCCAUAUAAAAAAUGACUUGUAUCCACAUAAAGGGACCCAAAUCUCAAACAACUUAGCAUCGUUUCAAAUCUAAAACCGGUCCUGUAUGAAACAUAAUUCACUUACCAAAGAUUAUCUUGCUGAGGUAAUUAUCUUGAAAGUACCAAUGAUUAUCCCGCUUAGUUAUAAUUUAAUUUUGCAUAUAGAGUUAUGUUCUAGUUUUUAAACCGUUAAUUUAUGCUUUAAUUGCUACUAAUGACUACCAAUAUAUUUCUUUAAAAAAAAAUAACUAGAAGUUUAUUCAAGUGCAUUAUUGAGUACAUUCCUAUAACGAUUCAAAGCAUAUUUAUCCCCAAGAAUUCUUCGAUUUUAUGAGGUAAGGUAUUCUUGGAGUGCCGUAUAGUUAGUUCGACUGACCAUGUCCUACACAUUCUCAAGCAGAGAGAUGUUUAGAGAUCAUGCAGGUUUAAACGUCUUCCAACCAUGCUGUAGUUCAGAAACAAUAAAUAAAUGGCAUGCAUGUCAAUUUUGAGAUGUGUCAGUUUCUCUUGCAUGCAUUUUACGAAAGAAACUUAUUGUAUAAAAUAUUAACUUAAAUAAAUCUGAGAUUAAAUUAAAUUUAAAGUUUAUUUUGUAUUUUGUCUUAUUAUGAAGUUAGAGUUCCUAUGUGAUAUUUAAUGUUUUAUUAUUUUGCACCACCAAAUAUUUUGAUUUUCUUUUCACAGCUCUAGCUAGGACGGAGUAAUGCUGUCACUUUGUAGUAGAGUCUUAAGAUGAUGGAAGUAUUUAGAAGAAAUGGGUAUAUAUUAAUAUAAGACACAGAUGGGAUGCCUAAUAUUUUUGAUUCAGCAAGGUCCGUAAUUGCAUCCAUAUUAAAGGUUUGCGGCCGCUGAAGUACAGACAGACAGCAUGUCAUGUUAUGACUAUACUAAGUCCCGCUCAACUACACCAAACCAUGUGAUAUACAUACCAAUCCAUAAUGAACUAUUCUAAGUUUGAUGGGACAUGCCAGGCCACAGGAUUAAAACCAGAUUUCCUCUAUUCUUACAUUUCUUUCAAAACGUGGUUCCAGGAUGAAGGAGUUAGUGUUUCUCAAACUUUCCUUAGCAAAAAUGCUUUCGAAUACACUUUUUAUAAUCAAUAACUUUUCUUUUGUAACUAUACAGAAAUAAUUUAAAUAAUAUGGUAUACGAUAGUAAGCUAA